UACGAAUAUUGUUCUAUUUCUAGUGAAGUUUUUGUGUAUUGUAUUGUGUUUAUAUUAUUGACCAACAUUCUUGAGAUUGUUAUUAUGUUGAGUGGGAAAUUCGAGAUAAAUAGACUUUAUUAGUGCAAGUUUCUAUAGGCCCACCGGCUUGAGCUGUGUGCCUAUAUAAAAAUGUUACCGGGAAUUGGGGUUUUUGGAACUGGAGCUAUUGCGAAGGUUUUGGUGCCAUUCUUAAGAGAAAAAGGAUUUCCCGUUGAAGCUAUAUGGGGUGUCACUGUACAAGAAGCAGAACUAGCUGCCAAAGAACUGAAGAUACCUUUUUUCACAAACAAAAUUGAUGAUGUUUUGCUGAAGAAGAAUGUCAGUUUAGUAUUUAUUGUAUGUGCGCCAAACUUACAUGCUCAAAUAUCAGUGAAGGCGUUAGGUAUUGGCAAACAUGUUGUUUGUGACAAACCUGCUGGGCUCUGUCAGGCUGAAGCCUUAAAAAUGGUGCGUGCCGCUCAGUACUAUCCUACUCUUAUAUCCAUAGUUAAUCAUUCCUUACGUUUCUUGCCAGCUUUCAGUCAUAUGAAAAAGUGUAUCAAUGAAGGCUACUUGGGCAAUCCAGAUGAGUUGACUUUGGUGGAUGUUAGAGUUCAGAUGGGACCUCUGAUUGGUGAUUCAUACAAUUGGCUCUGUGAUGACACUAUGGGUGGAGGAACACUUACAUUAGUUGGUAGCCAUGUCAUAGAUUUAGUGUCCUUCUUGACUGGACAAAAAGUUGUCAAAGUACAUGGAGUUCUGAGGACUUUUGUAGAAGAAACAAGUAAAGUAAAUGGAAUAAGGAAGAUUACUGCACCUGACUUUUGUACAUUCCAAUUACAAAUGGAUAAAGGUUUGCUUGUAACAGCAACACUGAAUAACCAUUUGCCUGGACCUUGCUUUAACCAAGAAAUAUAUGUGUGUAGCAAGAAAGGUUAUUUGGUUGUAAAGGGUGGGGACCUACAUGGUAAACUACACAAGCCUAACACAAAGUCCAUUGAGGAGGAAGGAAAGAGGCCUCAUGAUAAAGAGGAGGUAAUUUAUGUUGAUGUUGAAGAUUUGAGUUGUGCCUCUAGUGUAGUCCCUAAACCGUAUAUCAAAGGACUUUGUAAGAUGAUUAGUGCUCUGAAAGAGGCUUUCUUACCAGUCAAAGAACAAAUGGAUUGGGUGAAAGAACCUGUGAAGGCUGCGGCUACAUUUGAAGAUGGUCAAAGAGUUCAAGCAACAAUGGAGGCACUGCGCCAGUCAAAUGAGGAUGGUUGUUGGACAGCUGUACAGCUGCUUACUGAACCACCAGACCCAAAUCCGGCUUUGUCUGCCGCAGUGAGACGCACUGCCAUAUCUUUACAAUAGACUAUGCAUUUUAAUGAUGUAUUGAUAUGCCAUUAUUAUGUACCUUUAUAUGUUGUAAGCAUGCUAUGAUGCAUAUAAAUAAGUCAUAAAUGCAGUCAGUAUCAAAUAUAUAGGGACAAUCAGGUUAC